AUGGACUCACACCAUCUUUCAAAAUAUGUCAUGGAAAUGAAGCUUUGGAGACCCCGAAGAGAAUGAGAUCUAGAUUCACGCAAGGCUUUUCUUUCGAAGACCAUAAAGCGCCCGACCGAUUUCGAUUCUGAAGAAACUCACAACACUCUAUGCAUCUGGAACGGAAUCAUCUUAGGAGCAGCGGGCUGCCAGAAGCUCCUCUUCGAAUGCGGCUCUAUGAUUGCUUUUUGAGAAUUGGAUGUCCCUCCUGGUCCGUAGUUUCUGGUCGAAGAGAUGGUUUGGUUUCCAGUGCACAGAUAAAUCCCAGCAUUUUUCCGCCUUCUCUCCCAUAUUACCCAUUCUUCGAGAACAGGUUCACGAGGAAAGGAGCUUCAGAGAGGGAGAUGGUCGUCCUUUCAGGUGCUCACAAGAUCGGCAUCACACAUUGCGGAUUGAUCCAAGCCCAAGUCUACAACUCAACUGGCCCCGAGAUAGUGGACCCAAUCUUGGAACCGACUAUGGCAGCUCAGCUGAACAAGCAGUGUCCUUUCGGAGCUGUGAUGAACGAAGUACUCAUAGACCCAACCAGUGGCAGCAACAAUUUUGACUGCAGGCUCUUCAGCAGGGCUCAGAACAACCAGGCAGUGUUUAUCUCGGAUGCUGCAUCGACUACCAAUGUCAGCGGCCGAGCCAUCGUCUUGGAAGAAGCACCGCGUUCCAAUGCUCCUUUCCUCGAUGAUUUUGCCGCUGCCAUGGAGAAGAUGAGCAAGAUCCAAGGCCUGAGCAAACCAGCUAAUUUAUCAGUCGGAAUUGUAGGUUUCUCAAUUCGUGAUCGACUCUCCGCUGCAACUUAAUGCAGUUCGUCUCGAACGCCUUGCAAGCAACAAAGGUAGCAGUUUUCGGAUCCUGAAGUUCACCACAAGUAAGUACCUCAAAUCUCUCACUUCCCUCGAAUGCCAAGUAAAAGCGUCACGUCUUGUUCGACGGACUCGGACAGUGAAAGUUAUAUGGAGCUUAUCUAUACUCGGGAAGUCCAAAGGGAUGUUUGGACUAUCCGAGGACAAACAAAUUAUAGUAAUCCUUCAACCUGGAUGCGUAAUGAUGUUCAACAUGGAG